AUGUCCGCCGACAACAAGCACAACAAGGCGCACAACGGCGCCGAGGAUAUUGAGCAAAAAGAGAAGUACGACGAUACCCACCACCGCAACAGCUCAUAUGCCACACCACGCGAUGGGUCCCUCAGCGCUGGCGAGCGGGCACGCCGGAACCUGAACGCCAAACUCGCCAACCCGCUCGCAGGGUACACGUAUGAUGAGCUUCGCAAGAUGGGCCGGCGCUAUGCCAUGGACUACGCCUUGGCCGAGCCGGAAGACGUCCGCGCCUUUGAGAUUGGAGCCAUGCUUGCCCAGGAUCCGACAAAGUACGACAGCUUGACUCACGACGAGGCCAUCAGCGAAGAGGAGAAAAAGGUGCUCAGAAAAGAAUACGAGAGCCGGUGGUCGCAGCCCAGGUUACUGUAUCUUGUCAUCGUGCUCUGCUCCACCUGCGCAGCUGUGCAAGGAAUGGACGAGACCGUCGUCAAUGGCGCCCAACUCUUCUAUGCAUCUCAGUUUGGCAUCGGUGGCGACGAUCCCCGCUCGACCUGGCUACUCGGCCUCACUAACAGCGGUCCCUACUUGUGCUGCGCUCUGAUCGGCUGCUGGCUCACCGUGCCCUUUAACAACUGGUUUGGACGCCGCGGCACCAUCUUCCUCACAUGCCUCUUCUCGGCCAUAGCCUGCUUCUGGCAGGGCUUCGUAAAUUCGUGGUGGCAUAUGUUCAUCGCCAGAUUCGCACUCGGCUUUGGCAUUGGGCCCAAGUCCGCGACUGUUCCUAUUUAUGCCGCUGAAACGACUCCGCCGGCUAUCAGAGGCGCCUUGGUUAUGCAGUGGCAGAUGUGGACCGCAUUCGGCAUCAUGGUCGGUUAUGCCGCUGAUCUGGCAUUCUACGCCGUACCCGACACGCCGACCAUCACGGGGCUGAACUGGCGUCUCAUGAUGGCAUCGGCCAUGUUCCCCGCCGUCAUCGUCUGCUGCUUCGUCUUCAUGUGCCCAGAAAGCCCGCGCUGGUACAUGAGUAAGGGACGCCACGGAGCAGCGUACCAUUCGAUGUGCCGACUACGGUACAACAAGCUUCAGGCGGCCAGAGACACGUUUUACAUGCAGACACUGUUGUCGGCAGAGAGCGACAUGAAGAUUGGCCAGAGCAAGAUCAAGGAACUGAUCACCGUGCCGAGGAACAGGCGAGCGAUGCUGGCGAGUGAGAUUGUCAUGUUUAUGCAACAGUUCUGUGGAGUGAAUGUUAUUGCGUAUUACUCCUCCUCCAUCUUCGUCGAAUCCGGCUUCAGCGAAAUAUCCGCCCUAGCCGCCAGCUUGGGCUUCGGCCUGAUAAACUUCCUCUUCGCCCUCCCGGCCGUCUACACCAUCGACACUUUUGGACGGCGCAACCUCCUCCUAACAACCUUCCCCCUAAUGUCCCUCUGCCUCCUCUUCGUCGGCUUCUCCUUCUUCAUCCCCGAAACCUCCCGCACGCCACGCGUCGCCUGCAUCGCACUGGGGAUCUACCUCUUCGGCGUCGUCUACUCGCCCGGCGAAGGCCCUGUCCCCUUCACCUACUCCGCAGAAGCCUAUCCCCUAUACGUCCGCGCAAUCGGCAUGUCGCUAGCAACAGCCACGACCUGGUUCUUUAACUUUGUGCUCUCGAUUACAUGGCCAAGCCUGCUUGAGGCGUUUACCCCUACGGGCGCUUUCAGCUGGUACGCGGGCUGGAAUAUCGUCGGGUGGGUGCUCGUGCUGCUGUUUUUGCCGGAGACGAAGGGUAAGACGCUUGAGGAGCUCGACCAGGUGUUUAGUGUCCCUACGCAUAUACAUGCGGCGUAUGGGGUUAGGCAGCUUGGGUUCUUCUUUAGAAGGUAUGUGCUUAGGCAGAAGCACGUGAAGCCUGAACAGCUGUAUGAGGGGGAGACGGAAGAGCAGAGUAGACCCGAGAGGGAAGGUGGAGAGAAUCAGGUUUAG